CACAGCGACGGCAAAAGACAAAAACCAUAUCAGACCCAGAGAGAGAACAAGUCCGAGAUUUUACGGAGCUUUUCCAAAUGGCCAACAACGGUCAGCCGCCGCCAAAGCCCACGAUAACUCUCCCGCCGCGCUCGUCAGCGGCGGAGUCUCUCUUCGGCGGCGGUAGCAGCAGCGGGGGACCGGGAACCACCCCUGUUCCCCUGUUCGGAUUCAGCCCGGGCCCGAUGACCCUCGUCUCAAGCUUCUUCUCCGAGGGCGAGGAGUGCAAGUCCUUCUCCCAGCUCCUCGCCGGCGCCGUGGCCUCCUCGACAGCUGCGGCCCCGUCAUCGUCCGGUGAGGUCCGGUUGAGGCAUAACUGGACGGCGGCUACGCCUCCUGGGGUGUUCUCGAUACCGCCCGGGAUGAGCCCGGCGGCUCUGUUCGACUCGCCCGGCUUCCUGUCUCAUCUUCCGGUUUCUUUUGGACAUCCGCACCAGCAAGCCCUUCCACAGAUGUCAGCUCAGGCCCAACAGCCCCAUGGCCAGCACGUUCGUCCCGAACAAGCAUCCUCUUCAACUUUGCCCGCUGUUCCACCCUUCACUGCAAGUUCAUCGGCAUACCAGCAGCAGAAGCAGCAGCAAGUAUAUUUAGCAGAGUCAAGAGAAACAUCUGACAUCUCGUACGACCAGAGGGCACAGUCCGCUCCAUUGGUUGUCGAUAAGCCUGCCGAUGAUGGCUAUAACUGGAGGAAGUAUGGACAGAAGCAGGUGAAGGGCAGCGAGUUCCCCCGGAGCUACUACAAGUGCACGAGCCCGGGCUGUCCCGUCAAGAAGAAGGUUGAGCGGUCGUUAGAAGGGCAGAUAACGGAGAUCAUAUACAAGGGGCAGCACAACCACGACCUGCCUCAAAACAACAAGCGGGCUAAAGAUCAUGCAGUUGGGGAUCAGUCUGAGCUUAACAGAUUGAGAGAGGUGGCGCAGGAAUCUAGUCAACUGUCAGCUGAGCGGUUUUCUGGGAUGAGUGAUAGCGAGGAGUUGGGGGAUGCUGAAACCGGAGUCGAAGAAAGAGAUGAGGAUGAACCCGACCCAAAGAGACGAAGUGCAGACAUAAGGGUGUCUGAGGCAGCUUCUUCGCAUAGGACUGUUACGGAGCCUAAAAUCAUCGUGCAGACCACAAGUGAAGUCGAUCUCUUGGAUGAUGGAUACCGGUGGCGGAAGUACGGGCAGAAAGUGGUCAAAGGGAAUCCCUAUCCCAGGAGCUACUAUAAAUGCACGACCCCGGGAUGCAAUGUCCGGAAGCACAUCGAGCGGGCUUCAACAGACCCGAAAGCCGUCAUAACGACUUAUGAGGGCAAACAUAGCCAUGACGUCCCCGCCGCCCGAGCCAGCAGCCACAGCGUUGCCAACAGCUUCGCCUCUCAGCUGAGAGAGCAGAACAUGUCCUCGGAAAGUGAUUCCUUGGCCGGUAAGGCGGACUUCAGGGACGGCAGUGGACAGCCAAUGGGCCGCCUACGCUUGAAGGAAGAGAAGAUCACUCAAGUAUCGCGCGAUGAGAAGCCGUAAGUUGUCUUUGUCUGAAUCUUUUUCCUCGAAUUCGAAAUCCUCGACACGGGAUGACAUGGUUUUUCUUUUCUUUUCUACUGGGCUUAGGCCCCGUUUCACUAUAAAAAAAAAAAAAAAAAAAAAAAACAGGAGCGAGAAUGGCCGUUUGACAUUAACCGUUUGUUGUAUGUAUGUAAGAAAAGCAUAGAGAAUUUAGUGUUUUUUAUAUAACAUAUUUAUUUUUUUAUUUCUUAUAUAUUUGAAUUCUUUUUCGUACGUGGAUAUAUAAUAAAAGGGUCUUUUUUUUUGUGAAAUAAAGGGGUCAAUUUAUACAUAA